GGUGCUUACGGAAUCUAGCGCCGUGGACUGGGUAUCGAAGUACAUUCGCCAUCGAAUCCGAUAACUCCGAUGAGUUGAUUGAAUGAACGAUCAGAAUGUGUUCAGCUUCUGGUCUUUCAUUCCCUCCUGUUGUUUCUCUCUCUCCUUAAUCUAUCACCCUGUAAAUAGACACAAUUUCCUUAGCUUUACAAAACUUGGUUCUGGCAACUUCGUUGAUUGUGUUGAACAACAGCUUCCCAAACAUGGUUAUCCAUGGAUCUGGGUUGGGAGCAGAGACCGAAAAUGACGUAGAGCUACCCCAGGGUCGCGUGUUGAGGGUGCCGAAAGUGUCGAGAGCUGAGAAUCCCCUGGACUCAAGCGAAGCUUUUAAUGAGCUACUAGAAGCCUGUCGGAAAGGAGAUCUGAAGCGGACGCAGGAGCUUAUAUCAGCGGGUGUCAAUCUGAACGCCGUGGACAAAUUUGACUACACACCCUUGAUUCUUGCAAGCCUUUGCGGGCACUUCGAGCUGGUCGAGUUGUUACUUGAAUCUGGGGCAUUAGCGGAGCGUGACACGUUCCAAGGAGAAAGAUGCAUUCACAAUGCAUUAAAUGAUAAGAUUCGGAACCUGCUAAUAGAGUACGACUAUUCGAAGUCGACAGACCCUCUACAGCCAUGGGCCGCUCACAUCACCUCACUGUUUACAAGGCAAACGCCUAAAACUUCAGAUAUUGUGCUGACAGAGGGCACUACAAAAUUUGAGCUUCACAAGUUCGUCCUUUCUGCUAGAUCCCCAUACUUCCGAAACAAGUUGAAAGACGCACCGGAAACGACUACGUGGAAGCUCCCGCUCUCACACCCCGUCGAAUCUUUCCGGGUUGUGCUACGUUAUCUUUACCUAGGCGACAUCCCGAGAGAUGUCGUGGACUCCCGUAGCGAACAUACAGAGGAAGAGGUUCUCAUUGGCAUUGAUAAGAUUUGCAAGCAACUGGAGAUACCAGAGUUGUGGGAGGCCAUAUUAUCUGGGCAUGAUCGACGGCUAGUAAGGCAGCGCCAUCUAGACGAAGUUAAUCGAGCCCAACAGCAAAUCGGAGACUUCUUCAAUCGGAAGAUCAUUGACCUCAAAAUGACUGUCGACACACGGAGGGUAUCCGAAGUGAAGUGGUCUUCUGGUAACUCCAUAUAUGCGGACUGUCUGUUACGGGUAGAUGAAGAAGGAGUCGAUGACACCGACUCGGAAGAGGAUCGAGGGUUGUGUGCUAUCCCAAUUGGCGCGGGAGCCCAUUCGAAAUCACAAAACAGCACAGCACAUCAUCGAAAAUCUUUUAUCUAUCCAGUACACAAGGCAAUGCUAAUCCGAAGCCCUUACUUUGCAACAAUGUUUUCUAGCGCGUUCCUAGAAGCUCAAGAGUCUGAACAUCUUCAUGUCAUCAAGGUCGAUUGCUCGCCAAGAGUUCUUGAAAUCAUACUUAAAUUCCUCUACAUGGAGGAAGUGGAAUGUCCCUUGGAGUUGGCACUCGACCUGCUAUACGCAUCGGAUAUGCUCUUUUUAGAGAAACUGAAGGGCAAAGCUGCCGUUCUGAUCAGCUCGCUUGGUAGUGGGAACAGUAAUCUAUUGAUUGAUCGGACGCACGGUGGGGCCAACGAGGCUGGAGUUGAAGUCGAACCCAUAAAUGUUUACGACGUAAUUCAUGCAGCAUGGGACCUACGAGUACAACGCCUCGAAACCUUUGCAGCUAGAUACCUCGCCUAUCGGCUUGAAGACUACAUUGACGAAGAGGAGUUUGCCGAACUAAUACAAGAAAGUGCCUCGAGAGUCAAGAACAGAGAAGAAACAGAUACAAUCGAACUGCUUGACGACAUUCGAUAUUAUCUUGGCGAACGGUUCAGAUUGAGAUUUGAAGACGCCGACCUAGAGGGGAUAUUGAAUGAAAACGACGAGACAGAUGCUUCAAUUGCCGAAGCAUUGUCCUCGCAGCUUCAGAUUGUAGGCGACAGUACAGAGGUUCCAGCGCCUCGAGAAUCUGAAAAGACCCCAAACGUUAGCCCCCAGCAAAUCCUGGCGGCUAAUCAAGCAGCAGGCAAUGGUGUCCGAACACUGGACGGGGAGGUGGCUGAAGACGAAUUCGCAUCUGAUGCCAUCAAUUACCGGGUAUUGUUGGAAAAAAUCGACAUUAUGCUACAGAAGCUCAAACUAGAUGCAUAGAUGACUAGGCUAGACAUAGAGACUCGGCUGGCGAUAUAAAUUGGCUUGCUUUACCAGUGGACAAUGUUGGAAACCGUUGGAUAUAUAUUAACGUGGAGACACAUGUACCACGCCAGAAUAGAACAUAGCCUACCUACAUAGUACAGUACUUACUUGACACUAACGCACUUGGCAGAAUACUCAGGGCAGGUCUGUCUGUACUUUACCUCUUCCCUUUUUAUUUAUAACAUGUACAUGUUUGAAACACAUUGGCUUCUACCAAAGAGUCUGCUUUCGGUAGGUUGUUGGGUAUGUAGAUUCGCGGGCAUUGGGUCAGUAAUGACUGGGUAUCUACCUUCUUGAUACGUAGGUAGCCAGAGGGAUUACGUGAGGAUCGCCCAUCACAAUGUCUCUAUGGUAAAUGAUGUGCCAAUGAUGGCGUUAGCAGUCCCCUAUUUCGUAACUGUUUCGUUCUUGGCGGUCGCAGAAAACGCUCCUUCAGGGAUUCAGGAGGAGAGCCUCGUGGGAAUAUACUGUUUACUAUCAU